UACAAACAUCAGAGAUCUCACACGGGAGAGAAGCCACAUUCAUGUCCUGAGUGCGGGAAAUGUUUUUCAGAUAAGUUCCAUCUUUGCAGACAUCAGAUGUCUCACACGGGGGAAAAACCGUACUUCUGUUCUGUAUGCGGGAAAAGUUUUUCACUGAAGUCCAAUCUUUACACACAUCAGAGAUCUCACACGGGGGAGAAGCCACAUUCCUGUCCUGAGUGCGGGAAAUGUUUUUCACUGAAGUCCAAUCUUGACAAACAUCAGAGAUGUCACACAGGGGAGAAACCACUUUCCUGUCUUGAGUGCGGGAAAUGUUUUUCACAUAAGUCCUCUCUUAACAAUCACCAGAGAUUGCACACAGGUGAGAAGCCGUAUUCCUGUCCUGAGUGUGGUAAAUGUUUUUCACAGAUGUCCAGUCUUUGCAAUCAUCAAAGAUUGCACACUGGGGAGAAGCCGUUUUCUUGUAAUGAGUGUGGAAAAUGUUUUUCAAAUAAGUCAAAUUUUUACAGGCAUCACAGAUCUCACACGGGGGAGAAGCCACAUUCAUGUCUUGAGUGCGGGAAAAGUUUUUUAAUGAAGUCACAUCUUUAUAGACAUCAGAGAUCUCACGCGGGGGACAAGCCACUUUCCUGUUCUGAGUGUGGGAAAUGUUUUUCACACAAGUCCUCUCUUUACAAUCAUCAGAGAUUGCACACGGGUGAGAAGCUGUAUUCCUGUCCUGAGUGCGGGAAAUGUUUUUCACUGAAGUCCAAUCUUUCCGUACAUCAGAGAUCUCACACGGGGGAGAAGCCACAUUCCUGUCCCGAGUGCGGGAAAUGUUUUUCACAGAAGUCCAAUCUUCACAAACAUCAGAGAUCUCACACGGGGGAGAAGCCACUUUCCUGUCCCGAGUGCGGGAAAUGUUUUUCACACAAAUCUUCUCUUUACCAUCAUCAGAGAUUGCACACAGGUGAGAAGCCACAUUCCUGUCCUGAGUGUGGGAAAUGUUUUUCACAGAAGUCCUAUCUUUACAAACAUCAGAGAUUGCACACGGGAGAGAAGCCGUUUUCCUGUCCUGAGUGUGGGAAAUGUUUUUCAGAUAAGUCCAAUUUUUACAGGCAUCAGAGAUCUCACACGGGUGAGAAGCCGUAUUACUGUCCUGAGUGCGGGAAAUGUUUUUCACAGAAGUCCUAUCUCUCCGUACAUCAGAAAUCGCACACAGGAGAAAAGCAGUUUUCCUGUUCUGAGUGUGGGAAAUGUUUUUUACUAAAAUCACAACUUGUUGCACAUCAUAGAUUGCACACAGGCGAGAAGCCGUAUACCUGUCCUGAGUGCGGGAAAUGUUUUUCAUUCAUGUCCAGUCUUCACAGACAUAAGAGAUUGCACACUGGGGAAAAGCCGUAUUCGUGUUCUGAGUGCGGGAAAUGUUUUUCAGAGAAGGCCAGUCUUUACAAACAUCAGAAAUUGCACACAGGAGAGAAGUCCUAUUCCUGUCCUGAGUGCGGGAAAUGUUUUUCAGAUUUGUCCAGUCUUUACAAACAUCAGAAAUUGCACACGGGAGAAAAGCCACAUUCUUGUCCUGAGUGCGGAAAAUGUUUUUCACAGAAGUCCAAUCUUGACAGGCAUCAGAGAUCUCACACAGGGGAGAAGCCGUAUUCCUGUCCUGAGUGCGGGAAGUUUUUUUCACUGAAGUCCCACCUUGACAGACACCAGAGAUCUCACACAGGGGAAAAGCCACUUUCCUGUCCUGAGUGCGGGAAAAGUUUUUCACAGAAGUCCCAUCUUGACAGACACCAGAGAUCUCACACGGGGGAGAAGCCGUUUUCCUGUCCCGAGUGUGGGAAAUUUUUUUCAAGGAAGUCCAAUCUUUACACACAUCAGAGAUUGCAUUCAAAAAAGAAGCCACUUUCCUGUCCUGAGAAAUGUACUGUGAGGGAUGGUGCUGUCCUUCCAACAGAUAAAAGGUUUUCCUGUACUGAGUGCGGGAAGUGUUUUGCUUUUAAAUCACAUCUUAAUGUGCAUACAAGAUCUCACACAGGUGAGAAUGUGUUUUCCUGUUCUGAGUGCGGGAAAUUUUUUGUAAAAAAAUCUGAAUUUGUAAAACAUCAGAGAUAUCAUACGGGGGAGAAGCCGUAUUCCUGUCCUGAGUGCGGAAAAUGUUUUUCACAGAAGUCCCAUUUUAACGCACAUAUGAGAUUGCACACAGGUGAUAAGCCAUAUUCCUGUCCUGAGUGCGGGAAAUGUUUUUUGCGGAAGUCCAAUCUUAGCAUACAUCAGAGAUCGCACACAGGUGAGAAGCCAUAUUCCUGUACUGAGUGCGGGAAAAGUUUUGUUCAACAAUCAGUACUUGUCUCACAUCAGAGAUCUCACGCAGGGGAGAAGCCGUAUGCCUGUACUGAGUGCGAGAAAUGUUUUUCAAAUAAGUUCAAUUUUUACAUACAUCUGAGAUUGCAUACUGGAGAAAAGCCAUAUUCCUGUACUGAGUGUGGAAAAUGUUUUGUAAAAAAUUCUGAACUUGUGAUACAUCGGAGGUCUCACACGGGAGAGAAGCCGUAUUUCUGUACUAAGUGCGGGCAAAGUUUUGUAAAAAAAUCACAACUUGUCACACAUCGGAGGUCACACAUGCCGGAGAAGUCGUAUUCCUGUCCUGAGUGCGGGAAAUGUUAUUCACAGAAGGCUAGUCUUUCCAAACAUGAGAGAACGCACAUGAGCUUGAAGCCGUAUUUCUGUUUUGAGUGCGGGAAAUGUUUUUCACAGAAGUCCACUCUUACCACACAUAAGAGAUUGCACACGGGGGAGAAGCCGUAUUCCUGUCUUCAGUGCGGGAAAUAUUUUACACAGAAGUCCUCUCUUUCCACACAUAAGAGAUUGCACACGGGGGAGAAGCCGUAUUCCUGUCCUGAGUGCGGGAAAAAAUUUUCAUUGAAGUCCAGUCUUAAGAGACAUCAGAGAUCUCACGCCGGGGAGAAGCCGUAUUCCUGUCCUGAGUGCGGGGAUUUUUUUACACUG